AUGUUCGGUUCAAAUCGCUCAAUGUUUGGCGGUGGUACAAAUACAUCUCAACCAUUUGGUUCAACAGCCUCCACUACUACACCUGCAUUCGGUGGAUUAGGAAACAAUUCCAACCCCCAAUCUAAUGCUCAAUCUGGAUUCGGUGGGUUUGGUAACACUAGUAACUCAAAUACCGGGAUGUUCGGUAACACCAAUGCCAAUACGCAAACAAACAGCGCUGGUGGUGGAUUAUUUGGUCAACCUGUAGCAAAUACAGCUAACUCUCCCUUUGGUUCCUUAUCAAACAAUACCAAUACUACUAAUACUAAUGCAUUCGGUAGUGGCGCUGGUACAGCAUCUAAUAAUGCAUUUGGUGCCAAUACUUCCACAGCAUCUCCCUUCGGAAUGAAUAAACCAACAGUAGGUGGAGGUUUGUUUGGUCAAUCAAAUAAUACUCAAAACUCAAUGUUCGGUCAACAACAACAACAACAACAACCGGGGCAGACAAAUGCUUUCGGGCAACCUAAACCUAUGACUAAUGCGUUCGGAUCUGCUUCAAAUUCAGCAGGAAGUGCUACUGGUUCCACUGGUUUGUUCGGUGGAGCUUUAAAUACAAAUGCUGGAGGAGGAGGAGGAGGUUUGUUUGGUCAAAAUAAUAAUGCUAACCGUGUGGGUACCGGUGCAGGUAUGUUUGGUCAAAAUCAACAAACAGCGGGAGGACUCUUUGGUCAAAAUCAACGAAAUAAUCAACAGCAACAGCAAGGAGCAACAGGAGGAGGAUUGUUUGGUCAAUCAAAUGCAACUAAUACAGGUAUGGGGAUGUUUGGAAACCAACAAAACAAUCAACAACAGCAAGGAAGAGGAGGGAUGUUCGGUCAAGCAAAUACUCAACAACAAAGCGGAGGCAUGUUUGGUCAAUCCGCAAAUAAUUCGAACCAACUUGGCGGAGGCUUAUUUGGAAAUCGACAACCACAGCAACAGCAACAAGGUACAGGUUUAUUUGGUCAACAACAACAACAACCGCAACAAAAUACUGCCUCAGGAGGAUUGUUUGGCAGUAAACCAACAAAUACAGGUCUUUUUGGACAAAAUAACAUGCAACAACAACAACAGCAACCAUUUGGUGCAGCUGCAAAUCAACAAUCAACUGGACUAUUCGGUUCAAAUACCAACACUCAAACAUCAGGCGGCGGUUUAUUUGGUAAUGCAAACCAACAACAACAAGCACCUGGUGUAUUCGGACAAGCAAACAAUACUGGAAUGGGUGGUACAACAUCUGGUGGUUUAUUUGGUGCUAAACCUAAUGCAACACCAACGGGUUUAUUUGGGCAAUCCAAUAAUACUAAUACAUUAGGCGGAAUGGGUUCUACAGGUGGUGGUUUGUUUGGUCAACAACAACAACAGCAACCACAAACACAACAGCAAGGAACACUUGGCGGGGGGUUAUUUGGUAAUAAACCUACUUCACAACCAUCUACAGGUGGUUUAUUUGGUCAAGCAAACACUAAUCAACAACCUUCUCAAUUUGGUCAAAAUACCGUUACAACAGGCGGCGGUUUAUUCGGUCAACAACCACAGACAGGUACAACAGGUGGUGGUGGUCUAUUUGGUGCAAAUACUAAUACAAAUACUACUCAAUUAGGCGGUGGAAUGGGACAAGGGGCUACCCCAAAUAACACCACAGGUGGCGGCUUAUUUGGUGCCACUAAUAAUGCAAACACAGGUGGUAUACUUGGCGGUAAUACAGCAAACAAUGCAACUGGUGGAUUAUUUGGAAAUAAUAAACCGACCUUAGGUGGUGCUACGAACACAACUAGUACCGGUGGAUUAUUUGGCAAUAAAGCUGCUUUAGGUAGUACCACAACAACAGCAGGUCAAAGUGGUAGUCUGUUUGGAGCAGCAAAACCUGUUGCUACUGCUCCUACUGGAAAUUUAGGUGGUCUCUUUGGUAGUAAGCCAGCUACUACUGGUUUGAGCAACACGAAUGCACCUCCUUCAACUGCCACAAGUACAACAACUUCAAGUCUAGGAACAGGGUUGUUUGGAGCAAAGCCUACGACUGCCCAAGGUUUACAAUUGAAUGCACCACAAGCACAAACACAAGGUCAAGGCCAAGGGCAACUACAGGAGCAACCCCCAGUUGAUAAUAAUUUAUUUAAAACUGUUAAUCUUCCAAGUUCAAUAACUAAUUCUACUAAUCCAACGACCGGUAAAGUCAACGCGGAAGUGAAAAGAAAUGCAACAUUAUCAACUAUGUAUAGAUCAUCCCCAAAACCGCUAUUCAGUACAAAGAAAAUUAGAAAUCAUUCAUUAAACAGAUUUGCUGCUGCUCCUUCUCCUGCACCUUCACCUUUACUAAAGGAAUCGUCAUCGCCUCUUCCAGGAACAGUCGAUAAUGAAACAGCAUUCUCAAUAUUCCAGGAGUUUCUUGGUUACCCAAAUAGCAAGGAAAAUAGCAAUGAUAUUGGUGCUAAAUCAUCGCUUGCAUUCCAACCAGAUAAAGAAUCUCUAAAGCAUUUGAUUUUAAAUUCAAGAAGGACAGCAAAAAUGGAAGGUGUAUCAUCACAAACUAAAAACGUUAAACUUGCUGAACCUUCUUCUACGUAUGAUACAUCGAAAAGUAAUGAUUCAAAACAAAACUCUGAUAAUAACUUAGCUGUAAAUGAUCCUCGAGGAAUCGAUAAGGAGCCAAAGAAAACUCCAAUAAGUAUAUUUGACCCAAAAAGCAGCUCUUCCGUAUCUAAUGAUGGGAAAGUACCUUUACCAUCUCCUUCCACUUCAUUAUCUCCUGAAUCAUCAUUGGCAGUUCAAACAAUAAAAAAGCCAAAGGAUGAUAUUUCAUUCCUUGGAAAUGGGUACUAUAUUUCCCCAUCUAUUGACAGUUUGAAAUCGAAAACUUUAGUUCAAUUACGUACAGUGUCAAAUUUAAAAGUUGGUCAUGAGGUAUUUGGUAAAGUCGAAUUUUUGAAACCGGUUGAUUUAUCUAAUAUAUUGAUUGAUUCCAUAUGUGGUAAACUAGUUCAAUUUGAACCAAGAAGUUGUUUCAUUAGUAAACCAACAUCUCAACGAGUUGCUAAGGGUGAAGGGAUGAACGUUCCAGCAAGAAUAACUAUAUACAAUUGUUUCCCUGUUGAUAAAUCCACAAGGAAGCCAAUAAAAGACAUAAAUCAUCCACUUGUUAAGAGACAUAUCAUGAGUAUGAAGAAAAAUAAUGGUACAAAAUUUGAAAGCUAUGAUCCAUUAGUUGGGACUUAUGUUUUCGUCUGUGAAGCUCCAAUUGAAGACUAG